AUGAGGGCUGAAGCUAAGCUGCAAGUGCGCGAGGGAAUGCGUCUUAUUUUCAACCAGGAAUCGUCCCCGAUGGACAGAUCUUCACGAUCAAGAAGUCGCAGCAGUAGCAGCAGCAGUAGUAGCAGUGAUGGUUCUUACUCCAGCAGUGAUAAAAGCAGAUCUCGCUCUGUGUCACGGAGAUCACGGAGGCCACGACACAGCUCACGCUGCACUUCAUCGUCAAGCAGCAGCCCCUGUUCUCGUUCUCGUUCUCGUCCACGAUGCUGCCGAGCUUCAGGUCGUUCCAGCUGUCGGCUUCGUGGUCGAUCUCGCUCUAACAGACCCUAUCCUAGGCACUCAUCCCGUUUCAGGCGAAGAAGAUACUCGCGCUCCGUCAGCCGAUCUUCUUCCCGAGAACGUUACUACAGGAGGUCAAGAACUUCCCGCUCUCGCUCUCCAAGCUAUAGGAGAAGAGCUCCCUCCUACAGAAGAUCCUACAGCCCCAGGCCGAACUCUCCGGAACGUUCUUUACAUCUUAGUCAGAAAGACAAAAUGGAACUUCUUAACAUUGCCAGAGAGAAUGCAGCAAAGAUUCUGGGAGUAGAAGCAGUGAAGCUGCCUGCUAGUGUGAGGUAUUUUGAGGAACAAAUGAAAAAGACGAUAGCACCCGACACGGAGAAAAGGGUGAGAGCCGACCCGGUGCCAGUGAAUAAACCAUCACAGGAUGAAGAACGUUGUCGCCAAGCCGCCCAGCAGCCCAACGCAUCACGUUACAGAGAGUAA